AUGGCUGGUGACUCACUCGAAUUAGUCCUUUCUGAUGCUCAUGGUACAAAAAUUCAUGCAUCGUGUAAGAAGACUUACAUGGAUGAGUUGGCUACGAAAGUUCCUGUUGGAGAGUGGAUCAACAUUGAUAACUUCAGUUUGACGAAUGCUCCCCGUACAUUUCGAACAACCAAAAAUCCUUUGAAAAUGAAUUUCCUUCACAACACGGACAUCUCGGAGUCAACUCUCCGGAUUGAUGAUAAUUUUCUGGAUUUGGUUGAUUUUGAAACCAUACUAACUGGCAAGCAUAAUACAAACAUCCUUAUUGAUUUAAUUGGACAGGUUUUGGACUUGGGUGAUCUUGAUACAGUUCAUUGUACUGGAGGAAAAGAAAGGAAAAAUGAUCUAAGGUUGCCUUGCUGCCUUUGGGGAACAUAUGCUGAGAAUGUUUACAAUGCUUGCCAAGAAGCUGAAGAUGGGUUUAUUGUAUGCCUUCUAAGAUUCGCUAAGAUUGGUCAUUUUAGAGGAGAAGUCCAAAUCUCAAAUGCUUAUGAUUCAAGUAAAAUCUUCAUCAAUCCAGACAUACAGGAAGCACAAGCAUUUAGAAAAAUUGAUUCUGGUGACAGUCUAGCCAUCACCAUAUCCGAUUCAGGCGAUAACAAAUUGGAUAAAAAAUUGGUCAGCCACAAGUGGAUGCAAUGCCAGGAGAAAAAUCUUGCAGAGUUGGUUGAAUCUACUGAGGUUGAACCAUGCAGAGUUAUUGCAACUAUAUGUGACAUUGAUACCGAUUGGGGUUGGUAUUUGUUUGGUUGCUUCGAUUGCAACAAGAAGGUUUUUCAAGAGUCAAAAACUGUCAAGAGAGUGAACGGUAAAGAUGUACUGAAAUAUGUGUGGUGGUGUGAGACAUGCCAAAAAUUGGUGUAUUCUGUAAAACCACAAUUUAAAAUUCAUUUGAUGGUUAAAGAUGACACUGGUGAAUCAUCUUUUAUGUUGUUGGAUUCGAUUGCUAAAGUGAUUGUUCCUCAAUCUGCUGAAUACCUACUUAAUGGUUCAUUAGAUGAACUAGAAGAAGAUGCUGAUUUUCCUGAUGCAAUUACAACUUUGAUUGGUCAAACAUUUACAUUUGGAGUUUACGUUGAAAAGGACAAUUCAUCUGCUGAAGGGGUAUGCUACAAAGUUGGUAAGGUUUGGAAAGAUCUAAAGUUACUAAAGAUUGGUGACAACUCAGAAUCUGGUUCUGCUCCUUCUAGCAGUUUUGUAUCUGAGGCACCGCUUUUGCUACAAGACAAUGAACCUAAUGAAGCUGCAUCUACUCCUUCCAAACGCAAGAAUGAAGAAAACAAAGACACGCCUGAUAAGACAUCUACUUCGAAAAAGCUAUGCACUAAAGUGAUUAAGAAGGAGAAGAAGUGA